AUGGGAUAUCCAAUUGUUUGUACGGGACUAACCAUCCACGGUUUCAAACCGUACGGUUCGAUUAUUUCGCCGGAUGAAGAGGUCUCUAAGAUAAGCGGGGAUGGUAAAAAUGCAAACCAAGGCACCGCAAUCAAGAUACUACAGGUGAGUGACAUCCAAAAAAUCGGAACAACAGGCCCCUCGGUACCUAACUGGAACAUGUUCCGCUGCUUCCCUCAGCCCCACAUGCAGCAUGUUAAAACGGGCGAACAGUUCAGGCACGAGGUGCACGUUUUAGAGAAACACCCGCAGAGCUCUCAAACUUUUGUCCCCAUGGGCAGGCCGAGCGACGAAAUUGCAUACCUCGUUGUUGUUGCAUUGCCACAAAUUAGAGAUGGCAAGGAUGUAGGCCCUGAUAUGGGGACGUUGAAAGCUUUUUUAUGCAAAGGCAACCAGGCAGUGUCCUACGGAGCAGGAGUUUGGCACGCUCCCAUGAUAGUGGUGGGUGGACCGGCGUUUACAGAUUUUGCCGUUCUCAUCUACGAAACUUUGGAUGCUUCGAAGCCAGAGCUUGAUCUUGUUGAGCAGAAGUAUACUGCUGAAGAUACCAUUAUCGUGGGGACUGCAUAG